UUUUUCUUCGAUUUGCAUAUGGAUCCUACUAACUCUCUAAGCAUGUGUUGCAUAUGUUUUGAAGAGUUUCGGCAGAUUCUCACACUACUGCCAUGUAGACAUACUCGAAUAUGUCACCUUUGUGUAUGCCAUCUUACCGAGCUGAAAUGUCCUAUUUGCCGAGAGAAUGUUGAAACUGCUGUCUUGUCUAUCCAUUCUAAGAUAGAUGAUGGAGCAUGUAAAGAAUCAGAACCUUAUAGUCUAUCGUCCAAGUCUAAAAUAUCUCUAUCUCGUUUGAUUGAGUACAGAAAUCGAAGAAGCAAAGAAAUAGUGAAGCAAGUGUAUCAAGUCAGUAUCAUUGGUUCUUCUUCUGUUCCCUUUCGACAUGUUGCACAUCGUUUACAAGGAAAAUAUGUAUUGCCAAUGUUGUCAGCAAGUCUAGCAGACCUUUUAGAGAAGAAAAUCCAAACUUCAAAAAUGCACAAGGAAUCUGCCGAUUUUAUCGAAGCUCUCCAUGUCCUUGAUGGUGUGGAGAAAUGGAAUGCAAAAUAUCUUCCCAAUUGCACCAUUGAGAAUCACUUUAUUCGAAUCAAUUGUUUUCCUUUUUGGGAAUGGCUGAGGAUAUUGAGAGAUAGUGGAACCCCAGAUGUCAUAUUACCGGAUGUCGUAGUGACGUGCGUAUCUCCGAAAAACAAGAAAUCCUUUUCCGAAAGCUUAGAAAUGCAAAAGAUAAUGUAUCGUUGUUACCAACUUCAUCACAAGACAUUUCAAAGUAUAUGGUUACUAAUGACAAGUGCAGAAUGUUUCGAGACGGAUAGGAAACUCUCUCUUCGUUUAACCAAUACUAUUAUAGAGAAACCCAACAUCAUUCUUUGGGUGGAUAAGACUGCAUCUCCUCACAAGUAUCAAGAACUAGGUAGCCAAAUUUUGGAGUCUUGUCUUAAGAACCGAAAGCAUAGUGUCUGUAGCAAGGAUCCUGUCAGUCAUUGUUCAGAAUGGGAUAUUGGACAAAUGGUGCUAACAACAUAACUAUUGCAACUUCAUAUAUUGCGAAUAACUUGUUUUUUCAUUUCGUUAUUUUAUCUUUUAUAAAAAGAAUUUUACAACA